AUGGCUGUCCAGCUCAAUAUCUUAUCCGCCAAGGCAACUUUCAACUUCACAAGCAACAAACCGGCAACUAGCGGCCCCGAACUUCCAGAAGUCGUUAGUGCGGAAGAUGGUGAUGACAAGUCUCAGGACCAGUCGCUGUCGGCUUCUACUAAGACUUUCGUAGAUGAACACGAAGAUGUCAUCGCGUUCAAGACGAUCAACUGGCUAGCGGGAGUUGGGGAUAUAUGCAACGGCACCUUCACAGGAACCGGCGAGGCUAACGCUACACCCAAAUCCUACGAUGACAAGCAAAGCAUAGAAACGAGAAGGAACACGAAAGUGAUCACGCAUCGCAACGUUCAGGGCAGGCCCAACACUCGACGAAGUGCGCUACGCCGGCAUUGCGACUUCUGGGACGCCGAUCAGGACGGAGUGAUCUACCCAUGGGACAUAUUCAUUGGCUUCCGUAAACUCGGCUUCAACAUCGCGUUAUGUCUAUGGGCAGCGGUUACCAUGGCUGUGUGCUCAUCUUACAGCACCCAGAGUUCUUUCCUGCCGCACCCGCUCUUUGCCAUCUACCUUGAUAAUGUCAACCGCAACAGACAUGGAAGCACCACUGGCGCGUACGACUUAGAUGCCGAGCUGGACACGCGACGCUUCGAUGCGAUAUUCGAGAAAUAUGCGGGGGGCAAGGACUACCUGACCGGGCGAGAUCUAUACGACGUUUGGGCAGGCCAAUGUUGCGCGAAUGAUUUCUUCGGAUGGUUUGCGGGUGCCUUAGAAUGUGAGUUGCGGCUCAUCACCUCACGGACUGAGCAUACGAUACUGACAUUUAACAGGGAUAGCCAUGUACAUCCUGCUAUGGCCACAGGACGGAAGGAUGCGCAAGGCCGACAUUCGAGGAGUAUAUGA